AUGGAGGAGGACGAGAGGGAGGGAUGGGGGAGGCAGGAGACUUCCGGCGUUAAUCUUAGACCAGGUGGCGGCACAGGAUCAGAGGACAGAGGCUCUGAGUGUGCAGCCAGAGAUCUGGAGUGGCUUCUCUUUGGUAACCACUUCAAGCUGAUCAGACUUGUGUUCGCAGUGCUGCUGCCUGCAGCAGCUUAUCAAUCCCCUCUGCCCACAGACUGUAGUGACAUCUACAGAGGUGGUGCAGGCGUGGAUGGAGUAUACACCAUCUAUCCAGCUGGCUCCACCUCUCCUGUGCAGGUUUACUGUGACAUGAGCCAAGACGACAUCGACAACUCAGCAGAAAAAUGGACGGUGAUUCAGAGAAGACAAGAUGGCACAGUGAACUUCUUCAAGAAGUGGGAGCACUACAAAACUGGAUUUGGGAGUGCUGCUGGAGAGUACUGGCUGGGCCUGGAGACAAUGCAUCUGCUAACCCAAGGCAAGAACUAUGAGCUGAAGGUCGACAUGGAAGAUUUUGAAGGCCAGAAGGUCUUUGCCCAUUACUCCUCCUUCUCUGUUGGCCCAGAGUCAGAUGGAUAUAAGUUAAACCUGGGAAGUUUCAUCAAAGGGGCAGCAGGAGACUCUCUAAGUGCUCACAAUGGAAUGAAAUUCACUACCAUCGACAAUGAUCAAGAUACACAUCCUUCGAACUGUGCCAGGGUGUGCUAUGGAGGAUUCUGGUACAGCGCGUGCUAUGCUGCCAACCCCAAUGCCAUCUACAUGUGGGGACCUUCAACCCGUUUAACUGGCGUGCACUGGAGAACUUUUAAAGGGCUUGAAUACUCCCUAAAAACCAUGGUAAUGAAAAUUAGACCAGCUGCUACAUAA